AUGCCGAAUCUCGACAUGAUAGACCCUUACCAGUGUCCUAAUUACCAGUCAGUGACGAGUACCCAGCAGCAAUUUCAUGUGGAUGAUGUUUCUUCUCCUUUGGAUUCCACUACAACAGCGUCUACUACAUACGAUGAUGACGGAGUGCCGUGCAGGGAAAGACCACCACCGACUCACAUCAUCUCCAAGUUGUAUGUCAUUUACCAGCGAUACAAAUUCGUGAUCUUGGCAACGACUUUCUCAGCAUUCCUGGGGAUUUUCUUUUCCGGGCUUCUGUUCACCACAGCGACCGAAGGACGAGUCAAAACCUGCUUUGGACCAGAUUGCGGUGACAUGAAAGAAGCCGAAUUGCAAGGAAAAAUUGUGGCAGUCGGCCAUCCGGCGGAAGUUCUGCAAAAAUUGCACUACCCGGAACCACCUGGCAGUAAACCCCCCGAGGCGAAGGGUUAUGACCGGUCUCAACCCUGGGACAUGGUCAAGUUACCCUCAUUUGCGAGACCUCGACACUAUAAAUUGCUGCUGCAACCGGACGUCGACAGACAAGCUUUCCGAGAUGUUUCUGACUCUGCUAGUGUGAAUGGAGUUAUUCAUUUCGCGGGGGAUAAAGCAAACUUGGACUGUGCGCGACAGAAUGGGAUAACAGAACUCUGGCUGUUUGACGAUGCUUCUUGUAGUGGAUCUUCGGAAGGGAUCCGUUUGAAAGGGAAGGGUUGUAAGGCGGAACAGGAACAUAAAGUUCAGGAACAGGUGACAACGCAGGAAUCCGUGCAGGUUUCAACUUCGGUGACAAAGGUUGAGGAGGUGGCGGUUUCAACGGAGGGUUUACGGGAAUCGGCAGUGACGUCGUUGGUUGCUUUGACUACGAUUUCCACG